CGGCAGUUCGCGUAUCUUUAACCGUUUCAUACUUUGUUAUCACUUCCCAAGUGAAUCGCGAUCACAGUCACAACCUUCUCUCAUAACUACCCUACCACUUCCUCUUCAUCUACUGCUUCCUAAGUUCUCCACGUUGCCUGUUAUUACAGCAACUACUUUUCACAAUGCCUAACCGUCUCGGAAUUGGUUCCAUGUCCCUAGGGCGCCCGGGGAUCCAUGAUCUGCCAACCAAGCUGCACCAGGCCUCCCAGUUCGGCUACAAGGGCAUCGAGCUAUUCUUUGAUGAUCUUGACCACUUAGCCAAGUUACUCUUUGAUGGUGAUCAUAUUUUAGCUGCUCAACAUAUACGCCAGCUUUGUGUUUCGCUGGACCUCUCUAUCAUCUGUCUGCAGCCUUUUUGGCACUACGAGGGACUUCUGGACCGCACUGAGCACGAGCGUCUUCUCACCGAGAAGCUUCCCAAGUGGUUUGAGCUUGCACGCAUUCUGGGCACAGAUCUCAUCCAGAUCCCAUCUAACUUCCUCCCCGCGGAUGCUCAGACAGGCCAGCUCCGCACCACAGGUGAUAUGUCUGUCAUUGUCUCAGAUCUUCAGAAGAUCGCCGAUCUUGGCCUUCAGCAGUCCCCCCCUUUUCGUUUUGUCUACGAAGCCCUAGCAUGGGGUAACCACAUCAACAAAUGGGAAGACUCCUGGGAGGUUGUAGAGCGGGUCAACCGUCCAAACUUUGGAGUUUGUCUUGACACGUUCAAUAUCGCAGGAAGGGUGUAUGCCGAUCCCACAUCUCCCACAGGAAAGACACCUAAUGCGGAUGCCGAUCUCCAAGCAUCUAUAGCCCGCCUGCGAUCUCGUAUCGACCUCUCAAAGGUUUUCUAUGUUCAAAUCGUGGAUGGCGAACGCCUGAGUGCCCCUUUGGACGAAUCUCACCCCUUCUAUGUCAAGGGUAACCCCGCCCGCAUGAACUGGUCGCGUAACGCACGUCUGUUUGCCUUUGAAGAGGACCGUGGUGGAUACUUACCCGUCUUGGACGUCGCUAAAGCCUUCUUCGAUAUCGGCUUCGAGGGCUGGGUUUCCCUGGAAUUGUUCAACAGAAGCCUGGCUGAUCCUGAUCCAGCUACGCCCCGCAAUCACGCCAAAAGAGGUUUUGAGUCAUGGAAGAGACUAGUCACUGCCUUGAAGCUGAAUACUGGGGAUGCUUCCUCGGUGUAUGGUCUUGACGGUACAGUUUCACCAUCGACCUCGGCUUUGCCUGUGCAGCAUCGCCUUUAGCGCCGCUUCCGGCUCCUUUACGUUUUCUUUUCCUUCCACUUCGGGCGUUGGUUUUUAACGGGUUUAAUGGUUUGGCAUAUUUGCCCUCUCAUGGCAUCUUCACAGCGUAUGUCCUCUAGUCUUGUUUCUUCCUGGCCUUAUGGCUUGUUAUGAUUGUACAAUAUGAUGGAAAUACCCGAAUGGAAACAGCCACCAGGCUUACUGUCGAUAAUUGCUCAGAUUGACA